AUGAUCCAUAACGUGGUACCAUCGGACGCUCAACGCCAUGCUUUCUUAAAGCAGCUACUCACUACAGAAGUUCGUUCCUACAUAUCCGAAUACUUGGACAAUCCGUCCACUUAUUAUGAUGCCUUAGUAGAACUUAAAAAGCGAUAUGGUCAACCACAAGUGGUUGCUCGGAGCCACUUGAUGGCUCUUAUGAAUCUUCCUUCGAUCCGAGAGGAUGAUUCAGAGGCACUAGCCAAGCUCAAACGAACUCUUUAUGGAGCCAUGCAUGCCCUGAGGACCGGCGGAUAUGAGCAAGACUUGGAAUCAGGAAUGACUCUGGAACACGUCGUCUCCCGUUUACCUCCGCGAAUGAGAAGUAGCUGGGGCGUGAAAGUGUAUCGGAUGACUCCAACACGAGCUACUCUCAAGGACCUAGCAAAAUGGAUAGACGAGAUGGUGAUGGGCGAAUUGAUGACCAGGCCGUCUACUCAUAGAUUUCCAGCUCCACAGAAGGAAAAGAAAGCGGGAAGUGCUAAGCCUUCCACCAAACCAACUCCUCUCUUUGGUAAAGGUCCUGUUGUUUUUCACACCUCCACAACUCCACCAGUCAAGAGACCACAGCAAAGUCCUCCCUCUGAGAGUAAUUCGUCAUCGCUGAAGAAAGGCGUUAUUAAGAAAUGCAUUUAUUGUGAUAACGCCCAUUCGAUAAAAACCUGUUCCACAUUCAAAGAUCUAGAUGUUACAGCUAGAGUGGAGUGGGUAAAAGAGAAACGAUUAUGUUUCAGGUGUCUGAUUGGAACACAUCGGGGAACUGAGUGUCCCACCGAAAUCGUCUGCAACAUUGGGAACUGUUGUCAACGACACCACCCUCUAUUGCACGGAGCACGUCGAGUUUAUCCCGCGAAUGCUUCAACCACUAAAAAUGCAGAUCAGCCAUCAGCAAAAUCGUCUGAUGGUCGCGCAAUGACCAUUAAAAACAGGGAUACGGCUAUCAACACUUCCCUAGCUAUCGUUCCUGUGUUACUUCAAGCUAACGGGGUGGAAAUAGAAACUUUCGCUUUUCUAGAUCCAGGAGCGACCGUUAACCUAAUUCGAGAGGAUGUAGCUAAAAAGCUCAAAUACAAAGGGAAUGCAAAGAAUGUAUCCUUUGGCUCGUUUCACGGCCAAGACCCACAGUUUCAAUCAACUACGGUUAGUAUGACUGUGAAGGCUCGUGAUAGAUCUUUCGAAUCGGAUUUAAAGCAGGUCUCUACUGUGCCGACUCAGUACCUAAAGUUACCAUGCCCACCGAAGGAGUUAAUGGAGAUCCGAAGUCGUUACCCUCAUCUCAAAGACGUAAAACUGGUUGAUGUUGAAGAAUUAACCAUCCUUAUUGGAGCGGGAAACCAAUGGCUGCACUUACGUCUCGAUGAAAGACUACCUCCUGUUGGAACCGACGCUCCGUUUGGUUUAUUGGCGCCAUUUGGUUGGACUUGCGUUGGCGAUCUAACAUUAGGGACGCAGCAACAUGACUCAACGGUUUGUCGUUCGAACAAACCCUUGCUGACGGUGCAAAAACUCUGCUACCAUGUACAAGAAUCACCGACGGAAGCAUUACUUUUGCGCCAAGUUGAGAAAUUGUGGGAAACGGAAAGCUUUCCAAUUGUAACUCCAGCUCAACCGCUAGAAUCAAAUGAGGAUAAACUAGCGAGGAAGAAAUUCGAUGCAACUAUUCAACUCGACGGAACCAGGUAUGAAGUAGGUCUACCAUGGGUUUCAGAUGAUAUCGCAUUACCCGACAAUUACAAUAGUGCAUUGCGUCGACUUCUCUCUAUCGAAAACAAAUUCGUUUACAAAUCUAAUUUUGCUGAGAGAUACAAAGCCGUAAUCUAUGACUAUGUGGCAAAGGGAUUCACUCGGCCUCUCAAAGAAAGUGAACUGAAGGGCACCUUUGGGAGAAAUUGGUACCUUCCCCAUCAUGGAGUCGUAAAUCCUCGGAAACCUGAAAAGGUUAGAGUGGUCUUCGAUGCUUCGGCAAAGUUUCAAGGAGUUGCACUCAACGAAGUUUUGUUAAAGGGUCCCAAUCUCAUCAAUGACAAAGUGCUCCGACAUAUUGCUGACCUACAUCGUGAAGAAUUUCCUGAAGCUGCUGAACGAGUCUACAAGAACUUCUAUGUAGAUAACAUUCUGGAUUCCUUUUACAUUGAAGAGGAGGCUAGUCGAGCGGUCAAAGAUUCUACAGCAUUGCUAAAAACGGGAGGAUUCCAUCUGAACCAAUGGCUCUCUUCAUCUCGACGAGUUUUGUCACGUGUACCAGAAGGUGAUCGUAAUCAGCAUCGCCUGAAUUUGGAUCUAGAAGAGAUGCCCACGGAGAGAACCUUAGGUGUUUUAUGUGACAGCGAAAGUGACAGCUUCAUCUUUGAUGUUAAAACUGACGUCGAAGCGAGUACUAAGCGUCGGAUCUUGAGUGCUGUGUCCACCUUGUAUGACCCACAGGGGUUUUUAUCACCAGUGAUCCUUAGCGUCAAAAGAAUUCUACAAGAAUUGUGGCUUGUUGGUGUUGACUGGGAUGACCAAGUUCCCGAAGUAAUUCAACACCAGUGGAACAAGUGGACUACUAAUCUUAGCCAGCUCGAAGCGUUCAAAAUCCCAUGA